AUGGACCUUCCACCAAACGCCAAUCGCCCCCCCAAACGACUCAAGAGAAGCACGACCGAACCUCUAGCAGGGUUUGCUCAUGGUGAUUAUACUGUGGGCUGGAUAUGUGCUCUACCAGAGACCGAGUUGGUGGCUGCCAUGGCCAUGUUGGAUGAAAGGCAUCCAAGUCUUCCUGCAACCAAUCCACACGACGCGAAUUCGUACGUCCUUGGCCAGAUCGGUGAUCACAAUGUAGUGAUUGCUUGCUUGCCAGCAGCAAUAACAGGGAAGGUAUCUGCUGCUACUAUUGCCAAGGAUAUGAUCCACAGCUUUCCAGCUGUUAGGUUUGGCUUAAUGGUUGGGAUUGGCGGCGGGGCACCUUAUUAUGGUGCAAAGAGAAAUAAUGAUUAUGCAGGUGGUGAAGAGGAAGAGGAGGAUUCUAAAGAUUCCAAAAACAAUCCAGAGGAUAUACAUAACAUACGACUCAGCAAUGUAGUUAUUAGCCUACACUUAAAAUCAUUAGAUGCGGUUGUGCAGUAUGAUUUUGGGAAGUCAUUGCAGGAAAAGGAAUCCAUCCGCAGUGGCAGCAAGACUCAUGGACUCAUUCCCCUGUCUGGUCAUCCGAGGGAUCAGCCAUACACCGCGGCCACAGCAGCAUCAUAUGCAAAAGAAUUUCUUCUGGCUAUUUCCGGGCUCGGAGUCAAGAGAAUGGAUCCAAUUAAGCAAAGUAUGUAA